ACAGUGGUGAAAAGUUUAUGGUGAUGAAGAUAGUUCUUAUGGUUAGUUCCUGUCUGCAUAUUUUCUUCCAAACUUUACAGUUGGCCGGUAUUUUCAUCAGCGGACCAUACCUUUUACAUGGGUCGGAGACGAACCUAUUUUCUAAAGAUGGCCUACACGAUGAAAACUUACAAGAAAUCAAUGUCAACUUUGGCGGCUUUGACCGACCAUUCUCGCCAAAUCCUCAACAAGAAAUUCCCCUACAUGUGGACAGCCUUAGCCUUGUUGUCCGAUCUUUAGCACCGAGUCCUCGCCGAAGAUCGGCCCGUAAUGGCAAGGCCCUUAGUCGCCGUGUCGGAACUCCUACAGCAACUCCCCACCGAAAAAGGACCCUGAACGGCAAGGGCAUCGGCCGCCUUGUUGGGCCUUUUACGCCCGCUUCCUACGAAAGAAAGACCCCGAAAAGUAAGGCUAUUGGUCGUUCCCGAUCUUCAUCGCCAAGUCCUCGCCGAAGACCGACCCUCAAUGGUGAGGACCUUAGUCGCCGUGUCGGAGCUCCUACAUCAACUCCCCACCGAAAAAUGACCCUGAACGGCGAGGACCUCGGCCGUCCUGUUGGACCGUUCACGCCGGAUUCUCACCAAAUGGCCCUGAAUAAUGAAGACCUCGGCCUCCUUGUUGGGCCGUUCACGCCCGAUUCUUACGAAAGAAAGGCCCCGAGAAGCGAGGCUAUCGGCCGUUCUCGAUCUUCAUCGCCAAGUCCUCACCGAGGAGCAACCCUCAAUGGCGAGGACCUUGGUCUCCUUCUUGGACCUUCUUCAGCAACUCCCAACCGAAAAGCGACCCAUAAUGAUGAGGACCUUGGUCGCCUUCUUGGACCUUCUUCAGCAACUCCCAACCGAAAAGCGACCCAUAAUGAUGAGGACCUUGGACGCCUUGUCGGACCUUCAACCCCAACUCCCCGACGAAGAAUGACCCCAUUUGACAAGGAUGGCUUUGUCGUCCGAUCGUCUACUCCGAGUCCCCACCGAAGAGAGACCUUCAAUGGCGAGGGCCAUGGCCGUCUUCCUCCCACACCAAGACCCUACCGAAGACCAUCGCCGAGUCCCUACCGAAGAGCAAAUCAGAAUGGAAGAAACCUUGGCCACUCUGUUGGAUCUCCUGCACCGACCUCCUACCGAGGAGAGAUGCAUGUGUGAGGAAUUCGCGAUUUGAUUACGCGAUUACUACGAUUGAUAUUGAAUCCUAACCUAACCUAACCUAACCUAACCUAACCUAACCUAACCUAACCUAACCUAACCUAACCUCGAUAACCCAAGCUCAAAAAAAGCUCUCAAGUUGAGGCCA